GCGGGUCAAAAUUGAUACUAAGAAUACAACUCAUUUGUCAAGGACAAGUGAAGGACAACGAAUGAAAUCUGUCUGAACGAAAACGGUUAUUCCAUUGGCUGUUUUGCAAUCCUGUUACGUUCGGAGCUGGUUCUCCUAGGUUUCUGGUACCAUGCCGUUUUUCUCGCCUUAGACAAAUGUAACAUCUGACGAUCUGACGAAAGUUUUCCACAUACAUAUGUUCUAUUGUUGCUCGUGGGCAGCGUCUUAGCGGCUUGUAUCGACGGUGUGUUUAUUGUGGUGUCCCUUCGUUCUUUUCCCCUCACAGGUCCUAUCCAACACAACAGAAUACUCCGUUUCCUUAAACAAUUCAGCAUUGAGUGGACAUGGAAGACCUGGGAGAAGCAUGCGCCGACGUAGACAACGUCGAGCCAGACUGUUUCGACAGAUGGAAGCAAUGAGUCAACCUGUGCCACUCUUCUGUACUAAUGGGGUAGACACAAACGAGCUAUCUAAGCCGAAUGACGUUGAACCCAUGGAAAUUGGCAGUCUGCUUUCCCUAACUGAUCUACCGGACGAUGCAUUAGUCUGGGGUUGGGAUCCAUCCACCUCAUACAAGACCUCUACAGUCCAACCCACUCCCUCUGUGCCACUGGUGUUCGCCUCUCCUCAGCCCACUUCUUCUACCGAGCCAUCCCCCGUUGUCGGAAAUAAGCGAGAUGUUGCCACUCAAUCAGGUGGUGUCACUGGCUCCACAAAAGGUUCCAAAUGGAUGUCUUCUCUGGCUCACAUAAUUGAACGGAGUAUUUCCAACUCAAAUAUUAAUAUCCCACAUAAGACAUCUGGUGUCCAUACUCCUGAGGAAGCUUCCCGGUCGAACAGUUCCAAGCUUCCCGUGGGCCAACAACGUGGGCAACUUUUCAUUCGCGGAGCCAAUAUUAUCUCAGUGAUAUUCCUAUCAGACUCGCCUCUUUUCUGUGACAAAUCGGCCGACUGACCUUUUGUACGCAUUGUGCUCCAGCUAGUCCUUGGUUAUAGCAUUUUUGAUACUUUUUUGGAAUUUGAUAUGCACUACUUGAACAAGAUUGCUUAUUUGCCUUUCUGUGUAAC